AUGGAAAUCCGGCUUGGUGCCCGCAUCGGCGACGUAGAGGCUCGGCUUAGUGCCCGCAUCGACCGGUUAGAGACACGUAUAGUGGUCGCCGAUCAAAACGGCGUUGCACGGCAGCAAAACGGCCUCCUCGUCACUACUAAAGAAUUCCCGCUCGAGACGUUACACUCCGUCCUAACCGGCAGCCCGAUUCCGGACUUCCCCGCCCAGUUGGCUGACAUCGACCAACUAACUGAUACGCAGGCGGAUAUUAUCCUGCGUCAACUAGGCGCUCCAAUGCAAGCGGGCAUUCAAGAAAAACGGAAGCCUAUCAGGGCCUUCUGUGGCGUCAGGCCCGCCUUCUGA